AUGAUCCCCAAAGUCGAUAAAGAACUACUCCUCACUUCGGGAACUAGUUCGGGAGUCUGGACCUUAUACACGGACGGUGCUUCCAAUACGAAAGGGUCCGGGUUGUGGAUCAUUCUCAAACCACCAACUGGUGACAUAAUAAAACAAUCUAUUGGAUCUGUUCAUUUGACUAACAAUGAAGCCGAAUAUGAGGCUAUGAUUGCAGGUCUAGAACUAGCAAAGAGCUUGGGAGCCGAAAUCAUUGAGGCCAAAUGCGAUUCCCUCCUGGUGGUCAAUCAAUUGGAUGGUACAUUCGAGGUCAAAGACGACCGGAUGCGGAGAUAUGUAGAAAAGCUACAGGUGGUCCUUCGUAGAUUCAAGGAAUGGACACUCGAUCACGUGCCUGGGGACCAAAAUAAUGAGGCCGAUGCUCUGGCAAACCUGGGAUCAUCGAUAGAAUCGGAAGAGUUUAAUUCUGGCACUGUGGCAUACAUCGAAGUGGACAUCGGAAGCAGCACAAUAGAAGCCGAAAAGUCAUAG